AUGGACAAGUCCAUCAAAAGUCUCGGAAGGCUUUCGGAGCUGUGUACGAAUCCCCGCCUCAGCCUGAGGAACAGUCCACCGUUUCUGCCUGAUCUGGUUCGAGAGACUUUGACUUUGGUCACGCAGGUCUGGCUGCCUUAUCAAGAUGUCAGGGCAGGAGGAGGCCUGGCUCCACGAGGGGACGAGGCAAGAUACAUGAGAAUCCAUAUCAGAAACCUGCUGGAUAAGACGGACCGGGCCAUACUGCUUUUCAAAGAAGGCCGAGAGAAGAUAUUUGAUGAGACAUCCAGCUACAGGAGGAAUUUGACCAAACUGUCCUUGCUGUUCAGUCACAUGCUGUGGGAGCUCAAGGCUAUGUUUCCAGGGGGAUAUUUUCAGGGUGACACCUACAAUGUGUCGAAGGUUGAAGCAGAUCAAUUGAGGAAAUAUUUUGGAACUAUGUGCAUCGUGCCAUGGAGAAAAUUCAAAGAACAGUUGAAAAAAGCACAUCCAUUUGAGGAAGGGAUGGAGGCCAUGGCACUAAAGUCAACAAUUGAUCUUACCUGUAAUGAUAACAUCUCAGUGUUUGAGUUUGAUAUUUUCACUCUGCUGUUCCAGCCUUGGAAAUCACUUAUAAGAAACUGGAACCAGCUUGCUGUGACACACCCAGGAUACAUGGCCUUUCUUACUUAUGACCAAGUUGUAGAUCGGCUCGAACACUACCUGCACAGACCUGGGAGCUUCAUCUUUCGUCUGAGCUGCACCAGAAUGGGUCAGUGGGCCAUUGGUCAUGUGACCCCUGAAGGCAACAUCAUCCAGACUAUUCCACAGAACAAGCCUCUAUACCAGGCACUCAUCCAGGGCUUCAAGGAGGGCUGCUAUUUGUACCCAGAUGGCCGUGACAUGAACCCUGACCUGACAAGCUUGUGUGAACCGACCGGCAGAGACAAAGUCAAAGUUACCGAAGAGCAGUACGAGAUGUACUGUGAGAUUGGAAGCACUUUCCAGCUGUGUAAGAUCUGUGCAGAGAGGGAUAAGGACAUUCGGAUUCAGCCCUGUGGACAUCUUCUGUGCCAGCCUUGUCUCACGGGGUGGCAGAAGUCAGCCGGCCACACCUGCCCAUACUGCCGCUGCGACAUCCAAGGAACCGAGUCCGUCCUCGUGGAGCCCUACCUGAAAGUCAGCCAUAAGUGGGGAGAUGAUGAAGACGAUGAUGAUGACGGCGAGGAGGAUCAUGAGGACAUUGAGGUGGUGGUAAAGGAAAUGGCUGCCCUCCGGAAGUUCUCAAGUUUGGACUCCCAUAUCAACAGUUCUCACCUCAGAGCUCCACCUAUACCCCCGAAAAACUCUGCUACCGCAGACUGCCCGUCUCCUAAGCUGUUAAGCAGACACUCUCAAUCUUAUGAUGCGGCAUCUGAGAGACCAGAGGCGAACAGUUCGGCAUUCUUCAGCGAAGCAAAUUCUUCUUCUUCUUCCUCCCAAAAGGCUACAGACUGUGCAGCAGCAUGGGCCGAACCUUCCAGUCCAGUCCAAGGGAGAAGACGUAAAGAGAUAGAGAGAGGUGCAGCAAGACUCAGAAAAGACAAAACUGGCUUGGGAGAAAUAACAAGAACUAUGUCCUCUUGACUGAACAAACAGAAUGGCAACAUCUGAAGUCUGGGAAAUGUUUAACAAAGAAGCAACGGGGAUCUGAGAUAACUUUUACAUAAUAAGACUUAAGUGAAUGUAAGAAAAAAGAGGUCAUUGUAUCCCAUGUCUGAAUGGUCAUGCCUGCUGCAAAUAGUUCUGAUCAGAAGUUUACAUCAACUCUUCAUCAACAGGAAUAUGAUUUUCAUUGUGGGUUUUUCCUUAUUUGCUUAAAUUAUUUAUUUUCUGGUGGACUGAUAACACACCACACAGCUGUAGUCUUUUUUUGAAGCAAGAAGUAGACGCACAAGUUUUGAUUUAUUUUUGGAUUAUUUAUUUUCCACUCAAUGUCAAGCAGAUAUAAGAAGGCUGAAAUAUUCACAUACACUCCCUCUAUUUUUAUGUCCACUAGCAAGUUGCAAAGAAUCUAUCAUUUUUGGUUUUUUUAGCUGGCUGUAAGGUCAUGGCAAAAUGCUCACUGGAUAUUUGAUCACUCUUUAUUUAAAAUAUGAAACCGCUAAUUUCAUUUGGUUGAUUUAGUGGGUAGAAUUGAGUAAUUAAUCAGUGUCCUUUUAUUUAAAUUAUUUUUUCCGCUGCCACAGAAGCUUAAUGUUAGCGUAGGGUAUCCAUUGCACAAUUGGUAUUGUGACAACUGUUGUGGAGUUCAAAUCUGACUAAAACACACAUUCAGGCUGAUGACAAACGUUUAAAAACCCAAGGCUAUCAUGAAUUUAGAGAUGAUGACAAAGGAGCUUAACAAUACCGUGGAAUGAGACGGUGUCAAAAAAGACUUGAAGACUGAAAUUUUAAGCUGCCAACAAGGAUAAGACAAAGACAAACCAAUUUCACAGUAUGACUAAGAAUACUUAGAGGAGUAAAAAUGAGGCCAUUAAAUGUAAGAAUACUUCUACCCCUGUCAACCACGGUGGUGGCAGUAUUAUGUUGAAGGUUGGUACUGAGCGCUUUGCGCACAGCAGGUGAAAUGAUGAAAGCUACCUCCAGCUUUUCAUACAGUUAGUUAAACUUGGUCACCACGGAGUGAUGAUUACUAGCAUCAAAACUGUUUUUUAAAUGACUAAGAUUGUCUAAUCUUAAACUUCUGGACUGGCCAAAAACUGAACACUAUUGCUCAUUUAUGGUUCGUAGUCAAAGCAGGGUAUUUGCUAGUAAUCCAACUGAUUUAAAGGAGUUGUAGCCCCUUUUCUUCUUAAAAUGAGUAGUAAGAACAUUUAGGUAAAACUAUGCCAAUGGCAUGUUGAUUUCUACAAACAGGUCUACUUACUCUACAACUCGCUGAGGGUCAAUAAUCCAAAUAUCACCAAUGCUAUAUGUCUAUGUAAGCCUAGUAAUCAUAGAACAUCCAAAAUAAUUUCCAAUUUACGUACACAAUACUUGGUUUUAAAAAUCACUGCAAGUGGAAGCUGAACUAUCAGCUCACAGGAAAAACAGGAUGAUCCAAAUAAAUUAUUAAAAGGCAGAAACUAAUUUGACCUUCGUGUAAGUGAUGGUCUGAAUGUAAACUUCUGAUGAGAACUUUUGCUGAAAAAGAGGAGUGGGAAGUAAUCCCUCUGUGGCAACCUGCUGUUCAGUAAUCACAUUGACAUUAUCACUAUGGUGAAUUCAUCCUAACUUCCCAAUGUAGUCUCGUACACCAUCGUCUUUGUAAUCAAAUCAUCUAAUCAGCCUCCUAGAUGUAAAAAAACUGACUCGAAUUAUGAAUGAAUUCAAUUAUGAAGACACUGGAAGAGGCUAAUUGCUUGCCAGGAGCAAACAUUGGGUAAAUGAUGAAAAUUGCUACCUCCCCCAUUAGCCACAUUUAAACAUGAAAGAAAAACCUAGUGAUUUUUCUUUAUGUUUUUCCCGUGUGCUUGAGUUUCACUCAAGCUGUUUCCGACUUAUUAGUAUUUACUUCCUGUUGAAAAAGUGUUUUAAACCCUGAUAUAUAUGUAUCGCCUUUAAAAUAUGUGAGAAAGUGUGUGAAAUCAUAUAGAAAAAACUCAAGUGAAUUCAGAGACCUGAAAGAGAAGAACAAGAAUAAGUUAGAAUAACCCAUAAAUUGUGAAAAUAAGGUCAGUGAACUCAGUUGGGAGGAGAGAAGGAUUUAUAUAUAUUUUUUAAGGAUUUGCUGCAAGAGUGUCUUCAACUCUUGUAGCAAGAGUUGAAGACACUUGCUACUCUGGAGUUUAACAUAAACUCCAGGGUAGUUGGGCUGAGCGCAGCCUUGACCCCAUGACACCAGGCUGUGCACUUGUCAAACACACACCAAAGGGCUGCCAGACUCACCCUGAAACACACACACAUACACACACGCAUGCACACACCUCCACACACA